UCCUUGCUCUGUCUUGGGCUCAAAUGAGCUGUUCGCUGUUGUAGGGAAACAUUAGUCCUCUACCAACAACCAGCCGGGGGACGCCACAACUCAACUUUUUUUCUGUAUGUCGUGGGGGUUUCUGCACUUUGGAGGCGCCCCAGACUGAGGAGAUUUAACAGAAAAAAGUCCCUUGAUUCUUCUCUUUAUUUAUACUUUUUUUUGCUAUAGUUAUUAUUAUUUCUCUAAAAGUGUAUAAUCUCGCAGGGGUGGGGGAGAAGUAGACAUGCCUCAGCUCAGCAGCGGCGGCGGGGACGACCUGGGAGCGAAUGAUGAGAUGAUAGCGUUCAAAGACGAAGGGGAGCAAGAGGAGAAAAUCCAAGAAAACGCGUUCACGGAGAGGGACCUGGCCGACCUGAAGUCCUCCCUGGUGAACGAGUCGGAAAUAAAUCAAAGUCCGAACGCAGCGGCCGUCAGACGGGCACAGCAGGGCGAGCAGAGGGGCUUUCCGGAGAAACACCGGGAGCAUCUCGACGUGGUGUCGAAGCACCAAGAUGGAGGCAUGUACAAGACUCCGACGUAUCCGGGGUAUCCGUUCCUGAUGCUGCCUGACCCCUACCUCCCCAACAGCUCGGUUUCUCCAUCUUCCAAUAAAGUGUCGGUGGUGCAGCAGUCUCACGGGAUGCACCCGCUGACAUCUCUCCUGCCCUACAGCAACGAGCACUUCAGCCCGAGUCCUCCACACCUGCCCACAGACAUGAGCCAGAAGACAGGCGUUCACAGGCACCAGUCCCAGGACCUCUCAGGGUACUACUCCCUCCCUCCGGGCGGUGUCGGUCAGAUCACUCCCUCCAUGGGCUGGCAGAGCCAGCCAGUCUAUCCUGCCCUGUCUCCCUGUGGAUUCAGGCAGCCCUACUCCUCCAACCUCUCCAGCGCCUCCUCCUACUCCAGGUUCCCUCACUCUCUGAUGUUGGGCCCAUCAGGCAUGCAUCCUACAGGGAUCCCCCACCCGGCCAUAGUGCCCCCAUCAGGCAAACAAGAUCACGACCAGUAUGACAGGGGCAUGUACGUGAAGCCACAUGUCGAGGCCAAGCGGGAGAAGGAGCCCAAGAAACCGGUCAUCAAGAAACCCCUGAACGCCUUCAUGCUCUACAUGAAGGAGAUGAGGGCGAAGGUCAUCGCCGAGUGCACAUUAAAGGAGAGUGCCGCCAUCAACCAGAUUCUGGGACGAAGGUGGCAUGCACUGACCCGGGAGGAACAGGCCAAGUACUACGAGUUGGCCAGGAAAGAGAGACAACUCCACAUGCAGCUCUACCCGACCUGGUCUGCCAGGGAUAACUACGAGGCGGGCCUUAGCGGGGUCGCAGGGGAAAAGAGUAAAGCUGAUUGGGGCAAGAAAAAGAGGAGAAAAAGGGAGAAGCUUCAGGACUCCAAUACAGACCCGGGCUCUCCUAAGAAAUGCCGGGCUCGCUUCGGCCUCAACCAACAAACGGACUGGUGCGGUCCUUGCAGGAGGAAAAAGAAGUGCAUUCGCUACCUUCAAGGAGGAGGCUGCCCCAGCCCAACUUCUUCAGAUCUAAGUGCUAUAGACUCUCCCCCCUCCCCUUCCCCCGCCCGCCACCGUCUGUACCAGCACCAGCAUCCCCCUUCCCCGGGCUGCUCCCCACCGCCCACCUCCCCAUCAACACGUCUCCCCUUGUCUCCGCCAACACACACACGCUCACACACACGCCCACCCCUGCAGCAGUCUGCUGGCAAGCGCAGCGACCUCCGUCAGCCCGCAACCAAACACACCCACUCACACCUGGAACUGUCCAGCAAGCAGAUGCACAGCUCAACGACAGCGCUGUCAGCCGCCAAGGCUGCGGGACUUUCUCUCAAAGUGCUAACAGAGACUCUGUGAUCACUCCGGGCUGCUCACGUCCGUGAGCCCGUUUCACCUCAGCUAUCUUCAGAGUCAUGAAGAUCAUGUUCCUCACCUGCCACCAUUUCACAUUUAUCUAUAGCCUGUGGUUGUUUUGUUUGAUUUUAAAGUAAUAGAAGUGACUGAGGGAAGCUAGGUGAUGAAGGGGGACACAUCCGUCACUCCCUGGUACCAGCAUCCGCCCCACUAAAUUAUAGCAGAGUAAGAUAAUAGUUGUGUCUCAGUUCAGAGGCUGGAUCCUCUAAAUUCUGUUAUUAGACAGAAUCAGUCAUUAUUGAGGCCCAAUUCUUUUGGAAAUCUCCUUCAAAUGUUCAAUUCUUUAAUCAAGCAUCCAGGCAAUCCUUGUCAACCUGGAAAUAUCACCUAACCAUGUGUGGUUCAGGUUGUCACCAAUCAUUGGUAAAAUGUUACCCACCUAGACAUGUUAAUAAGGUUAGUAUUUACCAUUAACCUAGUCAUACUGUAAAUUUGGUGAUUCUUAACAUGGGCCAGUUUGGUGUUUUGAAAGUAUAAGAUCAACUUCCUGGUCGUGAACCUUGAAAUAGUUUUACAAGUUAGCAAGGAACACUUCAUUGUGAAGCAAAACUGUCAUUUGGAAGGUAAGUGGACCACAAGACAAAAGCUUAAGGAUCCACUUUUUGAGCCACAUCCGUGGGAGGAUCCAGCCUCUGAAUUGGUGAUUGAAACCCCGCCAGUCACCAGGACUUCCAGUUGUAAAGAGGCAAAAGUAAUCUUUGUUUAAGUUGUUUUUUCGGCUCUAUCUGCUGCAGCUAACCUCAACCUAAAGCCAUUCGUUUUGCCUUCAGGACAGCUCUGCCUCUUGAGAACUAAUCCUACAAAUUAAUCUCCUCAGCCCCUUGAUGCUCGUUUUUAAAGCUGACCCUGUGCUUUUGACCUCCAUGACAAUCACAAUUAAACAAGCCACAUCAACACAGACCUAAAAGUUAGGCACAGGUAAGAGCUAAUCUGGCAUCAAGGUGAGAGCGUAGUUGCACAAGACUCUUCUUCAGGGCGUACAUUGUUGUUACAUAUCGACUUUCCUUCACAUUUAGGGAUUUACAUAUCACCAUCACAGCUAUCACUCCGAUCAACUUGACCACCACUAUCAGUCAGACCAAACCAGAGGGGAGCAGAAACCAGCAAUCAGCCAGCCUGACCAGCAGAACCUCAGCUCUAAAGAGGGACUGAUUCAUUAUCGUUAGCUGCCAUAUUGCAAACAGUUCGACUUCCGUUUCAUUCCAUUUGCAAACAAUUUAUACUACUUGUGCAGCCCCUUUCACAAAGAAAACAUGUUCAGCAGGUAAAAGUCCCACAAUUAUACAUGACUGAUUAUCCCCAACUUCAAGUUACAUUAUUUCUUUUAGGCACUUUCAGGCUGUCAGUCUCGCUAUAUCAACAGUUACAUUUUUGUUCCGUGUUCUCCUAAUUUGUGGUAUUUUUGUUUGACUCUUAAAGGAUUUUUAAGGUCAGAUGCUCUGCUUGUGGGGAAGCCCUCAGAGAAAGACAAGAGGGUUUUGUUUGUUUUUAAGUCUCUUGGCGGUUUUCCUUUGACUGAACAUUUUGCAGCUACGUAAACUUAUCUGAGACCAAAUGGGUACUAUUAUAUUGCAUUGUGUUGUAAAGUUUUAUAAAUGUUGGAAUUCCCUAUUAUAAUUAAACUUUUAUAUGUUUUUAUGUAAAAAAAAAAAAAAAAAAAAAAAAACAUUUCUUUUAGUUUGUACCAUUUCUUAAAGCAAUACAUUUUUUGUCUUGUGGAGAAUUUUACUUUUCAUUUGGUCAAGUGUUACUGCAGCAGCAUUCAAAUGAUAUCUUGUGUUCUCAAUCUGUGCAUGUUCCAACUUAAAUGUAACAAAAAUAAGAUUUUGAUUAAAAAAAAAAAAAAAAGGAUUAAUUUACUGUUCUGCUUGCAGCUUCAAACUCAGCUUCCAACAAUGUGGACAAAGUGUAGGCUGAGCCUCUGUACAGCAAAACUGUUUUCCUCCAGCAGAGAGAGCUCUUGUGCUAGAAAUAGCUUUUAUUAUUUUGAGGACGUCAGUGGCAACACCUUGAAGAUGUCGUUUGUAUUUUUUACGCCUCAAAACGCCUGAUGUAUUCCUUGUUUUUGUUUGAUGUAUUAAAGUGUUUCCAAUA